CACAAAAACACAACCCCUUUGGCGCCAGGCUGGUUCACCUCCACCUCAACUGAUAUAGCCUAGAUUGCGGUUCCUGCAUUCAAAAGUUCAGAUGGGUGUGGCCUCCUCACUGAAGUGGAGAGUAGGAAGGGCAAGGUGGGAGUGGCGUGAACAGGGGGUGGACAUAAGUGAAAUCUGAUCCGGUGCCAAGGAAAGGGUGUGUGCUGCUAGAGACCCCAGGGCAACAUUCAGCUCCCACCAGGCAGGUGUGGCUCCUGAGUUGGCAGACUGCACACAACACAACCCACACAUGGAGAACUCUGUGGCACCUUGCGUCCUCUACCCGGGGACUGAGCCCGGGACUCCGGGAGAGGAUAGCCUGCCGCUGCCAGCGGAGGAGGAGGGCGCUACGUCCUCCGCGCAGACACCCUGCAGUCUGAGCGCCUCGCUGUGCUUUAGCUCCGGGGACGACUCCCCACCGCAGUCUCGCGCCUCUGCCGGGGAGGGCGCCGAAGCCUCUCCGCCUUCUCGCCGCAGCGACCUGCGUGUAGUGGAGACGCAGUGGGAAGUCAGCAGCGCCGCGUCCCCAGAGUCCCCGGAGGAGUGCGCGCGCCCGGAAGAGCCCGGGUCGCCGGAGGAUCUCCCUUCCCGCCACGAGCACGCGCGUCAUGUGGAGCUUGAAUCUUUAGAUGAACUCGGGGAGCCCGUGCCGGUACCGCCCGGGGUCGGGCCCGCGCACGGAGAGCCGGACCUAGUCAUCGAGGUGGCCGGUCGCCGGUUGCGGGCACAUAAGUCCGUGCUGGCGGCGCGCAGCGACUACUUCCGCGCGCGCGCGUCGCGGGACGUGCUGCGGGUGCAAGGCGUGAGCUUCACUGCCCUGCGGCUGCUGCUGGCGGACGCGUACAGCGGGCGCAUGGCGGGAGUGCGGCCGGACAACGUGGCCGAGGUAGUGGCCGGCGCGCGCCGCCUCCAGCUGCCCGGCGCUGCGCAGCGCGCCACCGAUGCCAUGGCGCCCCAGCUGAGCCUGGACAAUUGCUACGAGGUGCUGAGCGCCGGCAAGCGGCAGCGGCUGAGCGAGCUGCGCGACGCCGCCUACCGCUUCAUGAGCGACCACUAUCUGGAGGUGCUCCGCGAGCCCGCCGUCUUCGGCCGCCUGUCCGGUGCAGAGCGCGAUCUGCUGCUGCGGCGCCGCCUGUGUACGGGCCGCGCCUGCCUACUGGCCGCUGCACUCGGGCCAACCGGGGAGCGCGCAGGCAGUCGUCCGCAGAGCCCGUCCGGGGAGGCAGAGUCGCGCGGGGACGCGGCUGUUUAUUGCUACCAGGGGGAGGCCGGAGAGUGGCGCGAGCUAACACGGCUGCCCGAGGGCGCGCCGACGCGCGGCUGCGGCCUGUGCGUGCUCUUCAACUACCUCUUCGUGGCGGGCGGUGUGGCUCCCGCGGGUGCCGAUGGCCGCGCGCGCCCGUCCGACCAGGUGUUUUGCUACAAUCCGGUCACCGACUGCUGGAGUACUGUGCGGCCGCUGCGCCAGGCGCGCUCGCAGGUGCAGCUGUUGGCCUUAGACGGCCACCUAUACGCCGUGGGCGGUGAGUGCCUGCUCAGCGUGGAGCGCUAUGACCCGCGAGCCGACCGCUGGACCGCGGUGGCCCCGCUGCCCCGGGGCGCCUUCGCAGUGGCCCAUGAAGCUGCCACCUGCAACGGCGAGAUCUAUGUAUCCGGGGGCUCGCUCUUCUACCGCCUGCUCAAGUACGACCCCCGGCGAGAUGAGUGGCAAGAGUGCCCGUGCAGCAGCAGCAGAGAGCGCUCUGCCGACAUGGUGGCCCUCGACGGCUUCCUCUACCGCUUUGACUUGUGUGGGAGCCGCGGUGACGCUCAGGCUGCAGUCAGCCCAGGUGGCGGGGUUAGCGUCUUCCGCUACCAUUGCUUGGCCAAGCAGUGGAGCCAGUGUGCUGUACACCUGCGGCCCCCGGGCGCGCCCGCAGGCUUGCAGCCUUUCCGCUGCGUCGCCCUGGAUGGUAUCAUCUACUGUGUGAGCCGCGCGGGAACCUGGCGUUUCGUGCCUUCUAGGGACACAGAGGCUGGCAGCGAUGUGGGACCUGGUGGCAACUUUGAGCCAGAGCCCCUGGGAUGCCCCCUGGAUGUCCGGGGUGUACUCUUUCCAUUUGUGCUCAACCUGCCUGAGAAGCCUGACCGUGGGGAGCAGGGUGCAGCCUAGGACAGGAUCAGCUGGGCAGCUCCACUGUCCAGCAGCUGUGAUGGGGGGGGGGGUGGGGUCUCAAAAGAGUGGGCUAGGGCUUCGCGGUGUGGGAAGGGCGAAGAGGGAUCACGAAAGGAGGAAGCAGAUUAGAUCAGGCUGCUGGUCACACUGCAUCUUGCAAACGCUUUGAGAACAGCAGCUUCGCUGGCCCCAAAGACAUUUUUUUUCUCAAUGCUGUUUUAAGCUCCACUUUGCAGUGCUGAAGUCCCCUGUCGCUUCAUUGUUUUAGUGGGUUCAUGGCAUAAUGUGUGGGAAGAUGCAGAUAACGCGAUGCCUAACUGAAGAGGUACAGGGCACAGAUGAAGCCGGAUGCAGGAGUGGGCACAGGUGUGACGAGCUUGCCCAGUCCCCUCCUCCCCAGUGAGUACAAGGUUCUCGAACCUGAGUUGGAUCCUAAAGUAGGCCGGGCAGGUAUCAUUGCAACUGCAGAGGGAAGGCCAAACCCAGCACUAAGGUUUAAAACGAUAACUUAUAAGAUCCACGUGACCUAAAAAGUUCACUGUGUGCUCAAGUUUUGUUAGGCUCAACCUCAAAAAGUAAUUUAUCAAGUGCUGAAGGCGCAUCCUUGUUUACUGGCAUGGUUGCCUCUGUUGAUGAAAUGU